CCAACUUCCAUCACCGGAACACUCCUACGGACAAGAGACCCACGAACCCACGCACGUCACGCAUCAUGGCGACCGAGCAGCCGCAAAAGACCUUCGCUGGGCCAAGCAAGACGGUCCACGCGGACUAUCCGCUCAUUGACAAUGACCCCCAUUUCAAGCGCGUUAUCGGCUAUGCCAGGACAUCAGACUACGCCGUCGGAGGUCUCGCUGCAUUGUCGGGACCAGGCCUGAUGUACGCCGUCGAGAAGUUUGCGCCGUCGCACGCUGGACGUGGCGCUUUCCCCAAGAUCAUGCGCUUGGCGGGUGCGAUUGGUAUCACUGGUGGUUUCCUCAUCUUCUACCAGCGCUCGAUCCUCCGAUUCUACGGCGCCACCGAGAACCGCCGCGAGGUCGAGAUGGACAUGCGCGAGAUGGUCGACAAGGUCAAGCGUGGCGAGUCGUUGUACGGCGAGUCCCAGCUUUCGCCGCACAUGCAGGGCGUCGCGGCGCGACAAAGUCGCUACUCGGCGCUGUUUAUGGGCGUGGUUCCCUGGUUCAACUUUGUGAACCACUCGCAGCACGGUGUGGACACGGCAAAGUACUAUCAGCAGGCGGAGCGGGAGCUGGAGGCCGAGAAGAAGGCUUAGGAUGUAUAAACAUGGGGAAGAGCGGUGGUGAAUACACAUACCAUAUUGUUCUUUUUGUUCAAGCGGACUUGUCUGGUUGAUAUCAAUGCUGUCGAUGCGGCAUGCCCGGAUUGCGGUUUAUCGAAGUGCAGGCAGU